CUUCUUUCCAUGUUUCUCCAGGUCUGCUGAAAUCUGUGAGCUUGGCAGUGGAUUUGAUCAUGGCUCAUUUUGGCACCAGUCGAGAUCCUGUGGAAAAGAUCCGGCUAGGGAACAGCUCUAGGAGUCCCACCAUUGGUGGUAUAGUCCUGGAGCAUCUGUGUCCCACCAUCCAGAACAUUCUGCAGGAUGGCCUUAGGGACCACAAACUUGACCUGAUCAUCGGUCAUCGACGCAACCACGCCUGGAAUGUGGUGGAGGCCUCCACUCAGACAGGCCCUACCACCCAGGUGCUCCACAGCCUGCUGUCCAAGGUGAGGCAGUGCUCCCUGCUGACCAGCCACUGUAUGAGACUACGAGCCUUCAUCAUGGGCCUGCUCAACUUGAGAGCCUUGGAAUUCUGGCUAAAUCACCUCUACAACCAAAAAGACAAGGUGACAGAUUACUACCAUCCAUGGGGUUUCCUCGCCAUGUCACAUGGGCAGUGUCAGCCUCUGUUCCAGGAGCUCCUCCUCCUGCUGCAACCUCUUUCCAUGUUACCCUUUGACCUCAACCUGCUGCUGGAGCCCCGCCUGCUGCAAAACAGACAGCUCUGCUCUGAGGAACAAGCUCCACCAUGCUCCACCUUUCUCAUGACCAGUUGGCCCCUAUUAAGAGGAGACAGACAGGGGGCAUAUGGUUCUAUGGAUGGUCCCAGAGAUAACAGCAGGCCACCAGGUGACCCACACCAGCUGGUACAGCAUCUUCAGGGGUCCACCCAGGGGUCAAAGGUCACGGGUCAGGAGAAGUGGGUGAGGCAUUUAGGCAAGUGUAGCAGAAGUCUGUGGUCAGCCACCAGUCCAGGGUGGUGGCAGAGACGGGCUGCCCACGCAGAGGGGGGAGUGGAAUAUGGACAGAUUUACAUGGAUGUCAUCCACACUGAGCCUCAGCAAGGGAUGGAGGGGAGGAGAGAAGGUGAGAGUUCACAGGAGAGCAGGAGGAAGGGAACUGGGCCGGAGACCCCCAGGAUGCUGGCAGACCCCCAGGAUGAGAGCCUCUCCCAGGGUGGGCUACGCUGGGCCAAGCUGUUUGGAUCAGGAGGGAAUCCCCCCACCAGGACACAGAGGGCACCCCAAAACCCCAAUGGGACACAGACCCAGAAAAGGAGACCUUCACAGUGGCUGCAGUUGGACAGGUCUCAGCUGGGCCUAUUGGCUCAUACAGUGUGGUCAGGGAAACUCCCAGCUCCACAGCCUGACCAGAAACACCAGACAUAGACAUGGUGCCCCUACGACCACACUCACCCAACCCUCUGAUGAGUGGAGAGGGAUAGGGAGGAGAAGAAAAGAUACACCACCAAAAAUGUCAACCGCAUGAUCCUGAGUCAGUGUUAUAGUGCACAGUGUCACACAAAGACACCUCAGCUAGAACACACUCACACUGGUCAGAAAAGCACAGACCAGUUGAUACAACUAUCGGAGCAUGGGUGAUACUUUUUGCUAUGUUAUUAUUAGGCAAUAACAACUCCCCCCAUGUAUUAUUAGAUUUACAAGUGCUUCUUUUCAUCUGUCAUGAAUUGGGAUUUAUGCAAUAUAUUCUCCCUGUGAACCUGUCAAUCAAACUGUGUGGUCAGAGAGGCUCCUCCCAUGUUAGGGUCUUGCCUUAGUCUGAAAGCCUUGUACAACAUCCCAGACUCUGCAGAAGAAACCAAUUAGUAUGCCAUGGAGCUGCAUGCAUACCAUACAGUAGCAUCCUAUUCUCCUAAUAGUGUCAAUCUGAUCCUCUACCUUCCAACCCCGACCCCGUGACUAUCCUAUGAGUGAAUGGAAUGACAACAAAAAAUGCAGCAAGGCAAUCUUUACUAGCCAUGUUUACUAGUGCCACAUAUUAUGCCAGUCAGCAGCCUUGUGCAGUGGCUUAUCUUCCAAAAGGAAGUUGCCUUCACAUUCAACUAGACAAACAUGAGGUAAUCCUGACUCUAGCAUGGUAAAAACAAACGUUGAAGGAGUCAUUAGGUGCUAAUUUAGGCCUACUACUGUGUGUGGUUGUACUACCUACAUCAAUAUUCUAUUAUACUACUUUUCUUAAUGAGGGAAGUAGAGUUUUGUAAAUAUUUAGGGAAGAAAAGUCUAGAUUUGUGGAACUGUUAGGUUCCAAAUGGAGUGUUGUUUGCACAAUAUAAAGCUAUCAUGUUGUGUUUCAGGUGUACACCGUUUUGAUAGGCCAGUACUACUAAGCUAAAGAGAAAGGAAAAGUCUGGAUUUACGUGCAGGAAUGACUUGGUUAUUAUAGCCUUUGCAAUAAAUGUGAAAGUGAGUUUAUCAUAUUUCCUCCCCAACCUAACUGUCCUUCCCCUAAAACCUUAGAAGAAUGGGCUACACUGGGGUGGCAGGUAGCCUAGUGGUUAGAGCGUUGGGCCAAUAAUCGAAAGGUUGCUGGUUUGAAUCCCAGAGCUGACAAGGUAAAAAUCUGUCGUUCUGCCCCUGAACAAGGCAGUUAACCCACUGUUCCCCGGUUGGCCGUCAUUGUAAAUAAGAAUUUGUUCUUAACUGACUUGCCUAGUUAAAUAAAGGAUACACAGAAUGCACCCUCUCUGAGUGUAAGUUCCCAGUGACAAUCAACCUUUCUGAAUAAAAAGGUAUUGAUUUCU